AUGACGGUUCACACUGUUCGAUUACCCGCCACUCAGCUUCACGGUGGAACCUCCAGAAGCCUAUCAUCAUCCUGCCGCAAUCCAAACGCCAUCAUCCGAUUCAGCUCUGGUUCUCUAAAACGAUGCCGUUUCAUAUCCAAUGAACAUGGUAAAGAAAACUCUGUGAGAGCUCUGGAAGUGAAGAAGAUUCAGGAAGACUCACCUCUCCUUCCUAAGCCGUUAUCAUCAAACCAGCUCGCGGAAACUAUCUCCAACGGCUCCCGUGUUCGUGUAGCCUAUCAGGGAGUAAGAGGUGCAUACAGUGAAUCAGCAGCUGAGAAGGCAUAUCCAAAUUGUGAAGCUGUUCCCUGCGAUGAGUUUGACACUGCAUUUGAAGCGGUUGAGCGGUGGCUUGUUGACCGAGCAGUUUUGCCAAUUGAGAACUCUUUGGGUGUUAAGUUAGCUGUUCGCCAUUGUUUGUUGGCUAACCAUGGUGUAAGUCUUGAGGAUUUGAAAAGAGUGCUUAGCCAUCCACAGGCUCUUGCUCAAUGUGAAAACACGUUGACUAGAUUGGGAUUGGUAAGAGAAGCAGUAGCUGACACUGCUGGUGCUGCAAAGGUAAGUUUUAUGUUCUUCAAGUAUAUGAUUUUAUAUUUCAUUAGCUUUAUUGAGUUAAAUGGAUUGAAUUUUUGGCAGCAAAUUGCAUUUGAAGGUUUAAGUGAUGCAGCAGCAGUUGCCAGCGCUGAAGCUGCAACGAUAUAUGGAUUGAGCAUAGUUGUUGAAGAUAUACAGGAUGACUCUGAUAAUGUUACAAGGUUUCUGAUGCUCGCAAGGGAACCCAUUAUCCCUGGAACUAACAGACUGUUUAAGACAAGUAUAGUUUUCUCGUUAGAAGAAGGGCCGGGAAUGCUUUUCAAAGCACUUGCUGUGUUUGCCCUUAGGCAAAUCAACCUCACAAAGAUCGAAAGCCGUCCUUUAAGGAAACAUCCUCUGCGAGCAUCUGGAGGGCUAAAAUACUUUGAUUAUCUUUUCUAUGUGGACUUUGAAGCAUCUAUGGCUGAUGAAGUUGCUCAAAACGCACUUAGGCAUCUCGAGGAAUUUGCUACCUUUUUGCGGGUUUUGGGAAGCUACCCAGUGGACACUACAAUGCUCUAAUCAUUUUCCAACAUGUUCCUGAUCCAAGGUGUAAAAGAGAGAGCCAUAGAUAUGCACGGUGAGGUCCCGAGUAGUUACCGGUGCAGCUCGCCAGACAUAGCUCUUGUCUCCCCAUUUCUCUUUAAAAUUUUCAUGAUUCUGUUUUGUAUCCUUUCUUCUUUAGAAGAUGAGCUUUGUUGUUU